UCUCCCUUUACUCGUUCUCUUACGCCACCACGUGAAAAAUGGCAACACAAACAGUUGACGGGAUGGAGCAAAAUGCGGGCGAUACAGAAUUUAAAGUCGUCAAGUCAAGAAAAAGAAAACUAAAACCGGAGACAGAUGUAACAGAGUCGUCAAUGGACACAGCAGCUCCACCUAAAAAGCCACAUUUUCCCCCGAUAAGUGGUGACAAAUUAACAGGAGGAAAGUCAGAGUUCAGGAAAAUCCCAAUACCUAGUCACAGAUACACACCUUUAAAGGAAAAUUGGAUGAAGAUAUUUACACCUAUAGUAGAAAAACUGCAUUUACAGAUCAGAUUCAACCUUAAAACAAGAAAUGUUGAGAUCAAAACCUGUAAAGAUACAAAAGACAUCGGGUCAUUACAGAAAGCUGCUGAUUUUGUUAGAGCAUUUACUCUUGGGUUUGAAGUUGAUGAUGGUUUAGCUCUGGUGAGGCUGGAUGAUCUGUUUUUGGAAUCCUUUGAUGUAACAGAUGUGAAACCAUUGAAAGGUGACCAUUUAUCAAGAGCAAUUGGAAGAAUAGCGGGUAAAAAUGGAAAAACAAAGUUUACGAUAGAAAAUGUCACCAAAACUAGGAUUGUGCUGGCAGAUUCAAAAAUUCACAUACUAGGAUCUUUUUCCAACAUAAAGAUUGCCAGGACGGCAAUUUGUAAUCUCAUAUUAGGAAGUCCGCCAUCAAAAGUGUACGGAAACAUGAGGAGUGUGGCGUCCCGGUCUGCGGAGAGAUUCUGAUCGUUGUUGAUGUUGUUUUAUUACAAAAAAUAAAAACUUUUGUGUUGCCAGCAAUGUG